GUUUGUUAUUUGACAUUCCGUGCUUCACGCAAAAAAUUCAUUGUUUUCCACGAUUUCCUGCGAAAAAAUGCAUUUCCGCAUGAAUGGUGAGAGUGAUCCGGGAGAUGGUGAACCAGGAGACAUCCUGCCCACUGGAGGAGGCACCUUCUAUCAGCAGAACACGAGUGACGACAGUGAUAAUGAGCAGGAAAUGUACGAAGGGUACGAACCACUGAACGGAGAUGCCUCAAAUAUUGAAGUUUGGGACAAUAUGGAAGUUUCAGAGGAUGUUCCAAUGACCCAGGAAGCCCCACCAGCAGAUGUUCCGGCAAUUGAGAGCGUCGACACGGAAGUUCAGCGAGAAGUUUGGAAUGCCCCUCGUCCGGAAGCUCUGACAAUUGAUCUCGAUGGGGACAAGGAGCGUGAGAUAAUGAAUGUGAUGGCUGGAUUCUCCCUCCCACCCACGGCAAUCCCCACCUGGGCACAAGGGGUGUCUGAGAAGGAAUGGAAGGAGGAUCUACUGAAGCGGAUACGUGAUAGAAAGUCUGAUUAAUUUUCCAAAAAAAGAAAGAAAAAUGUAUUAAAUCUUAUUUUAAUGUGCAAAAAUGA